AUGUAAGGAACAUUGAGAGAAACUCAAAUACAUUUAACUAAUCCACUUCCUGAAGAAAAUUUGAUUUAAAAUGUCUUUGAAUCUCUUGUAAGAGAAUUUAAAGAGUUUCGAGCAAAUGUACCUAUAGGUUGUAUAACAAACAAAUGCUCAUCAAAACAAAAAGAAUAAUAGGAUCUAAGUAUGUUUUGUGGAGCUGGUGGAUAUCUAUAUUUAUAUUUAAGAAUUUAUGAAUUUGUUUAAACUUUACCUGAAGAACUUCAAUUUUUUUGUACAAGUGGAUUAAGUGAUUCAGAAUUACCUGAGUUUUAUAAUCCAUAGAUCUAUUUAGAUUUAGCAGAAUAAUAAUUUGAUGCUAUGAAAAUUCAAUUUAAAAAGGAGAGGAACAUCUCAUUUUUAAUGAGCAAUUCUGCAACAUAUUUAUUAGGCGCUGACUUAUAUUUUAUUAAAAAAGACAAAGAAAAUUUUUCAAAAUGUAUUGCUUAAGUUUUGAGUAUCUUUGCCAAUAUUAUGGCCAACCCACAUUAUUUUUAAUAAGAAUUAUUGUAUGGAAUCCCAGGAUAUUUAUAUAUGUUUUUGUGGAUAAAUAAAAGAUAUUCAAAAGAGGAAGGAUCAUAUCAAUUAGAUUUAAGAUCUCACAUCUUUAAUUUAUGUAAAGUGAUAGUGGGUAAUUGCGGUUAAGGAAUCAUGAAAUGUAAAUUUUAUGAUUAGACAUAUUUUGGAGGAGCACAUGGAAUCUUAGGAGUUAUAUAAAUAUUAUUGUUAAGUUAUGAAUAAGGAAAGGAUUAUUUUCAUUUAAAAGAUGAGAAAUUUACAUUAAAAAUGUUAGAAUCAAUUUCAUUGACACUAGAUUACCUUUUAAAGAUUUAUUAUAAGGAGGGAAAUAUUCCACCUUCAGCUGAAGAUUUAUUUAGUACAGAAUUAUAUUAAUUUUGUCAUGGAAUACCAGGAGCAAUAACUCCUUUUUUAAAAGCAUAUGAAAUAUUUAAUAAAAAAGAUUAUUUAAAUGGAGCAAUUCAUAUGUCAGAAACAUUAUAUAAAUAUGGUAUGAUUAAAAAAGGAUAUGGUAUAUGUCAUGGUAUACCAGGGAAUAGUUAUGGAUUUAUGUAAAUAUAUAAUUUGACUAAAAAUGAAAAACUUCAAAAAUAUGCAUAUUAAUUUCUACAAUAUAAAUAGAAUCCUCAUGUAUUUAAUGAAGUGAAGAAUUUCCAAUUUUAUGAUAGAUUUGUUGUAGGAAUGUCUGAUAAUCCUUUUAGUUUAAUGUUAGGAUCAGUUGGUGAUAUGUGUGCAAUGAUGGAUUUUAUAAAUUAUAAAAGAAUGCCAGGAUAUGAAAUUUGAUUUAAAUAUAAUUUAUUAAUAAUAACUGCUC